GCCUGGGAUUGAUACGGCGGACAGUUGGAGCAGGGGAAGAGGUGGUAAGAAAGUGAUCUACAUGCGAAGCGACAGACGCACUAGUGUCAUGGAGUGACAAAGGUUUGAACUUCAGGCGCGAAGUGCGUGCAAACGACUCCACGGCCCAACUUGUCAGAGGAACUGACUCCCCGUUGAAACACUUCUGCCUCCCGAGGGACCUCCAGGCAGCUCCCCCACCUCCUUGUUGACAGCUGACGACACCUUCAAGAGUCGAGAUCACCUUUACAUCCGACUUUGCGAUCAGUGUGCUAAAUAACACCAGCGUUUGCGACUUUUGAGUCGGCCGAGGAAACUAGAGGAGCUCACAAAUGAGGUGGAGAAGUAUUGUCAUCUCAGCAUGGACGUUUCUUUGUGUAUUCUCGGGUGGCUUUUGGGGAGAUGCUGCCAUGUCCGACCGUAACUGCACUUUCCAGAGGUUCGACGGCUUCCAUAACAGCAUCUUCAGACCUGAGCUAGGAGCCGCGGGUCGGCCCCUAGCCCGCAACAUUACGUCUGCAUAUGGGGACAAUACAUACAUGGCGUCGGGAGGUGAUCGUCCCUGCCCCCGAAAGCUAAGUAAUCUGGUGUUCAAAGGCAAGAGUGGGAUCCGUAACCGGCGAAACCUGACAGCUUUGUUCGCUUUCUUCGGUCAACUCGUGCAGCGAGAGCUGACGUCAACGGAUGACACCUCAUGCCCGCCAGAGAUUCUGGAGGUCAGCGUUCCACGUCAUGACCCCGACUUUGACCCUGACGGACGCGGGGACCGCAAGAUGCCGUAUGAACGACGUGCAUACGACAGAAGAACUGGGCAGUCUCCCAACAGCCCGCGACGCCAACUGAACAAGGCUUCAAGUUACAUAGACGGUAGUUUUCUGUACGGUAACUCCAUCGUGCGCACCUCCUACCUGCGGGAUCCCAACUCGGGGAAACUGGCGUGUCAGGACAAGCACUGCAUGUACCCGCUCCUCAACGACGUCAGGCUGCCCUUCCAGAUGUACCCGACCCGCAACAAGACGAUCCUCGUCCCGGAGACGCUUUGGCGGCUCGGCGACACCCACGUGUAUGAGAACCCCUGGUUGCUGUCGCUAAACUUGCUGUUCUUCAAAUACCACAACAGCGUUGCUGAGAGCUUGGCUCGCCAUCACCAGAACUGGACUUCAGACGAGAUCUUUGACAAAACACGCCACUGGGUCAUCGCCGUUUUACAGAAAAUCAUCAUGUACGACUGGUUGCCACUUCUCGUCAAUGAACCCGUCAAACCAUAUCCAGGUUAUAAUCCGUCGAUAAUCAGUGAAAUUACUGAUUUAUUUGAUGCCGCUGCCAUUAACUAUAUCAUGACGCUCAUCCCAUCCGCGUCAUACAGCCUCAGUCUAAAAAAGACGGAGGAAAAUAAGUGUAUAUUGAUGGGGCCUCAUCGCUUAUGCAACACCUACUGGAACUCCAAGGAAAUUUUGGAGAACUCUAUGCUGGGUACAAGUGAGUUUUUGCUUGGACUGACAGCUCAAUCUGCCGAAGCUGAUGACACAAUCAUUGUAGAGGAUCUGCGCAGUAAAUUCUACGGGCCGCUGUUCUACUCUCGCCAUGACGCCGUGGUGCUGACCAUCAUGAAAGGUCGAGACUACGGCCUCCCAGACUACAACACCGCCCGCCGCCACAUGGGCCUGCCACCCAUUGCCAACUUCUCCUGGCCGAACAGGACAACGGAAAGUCAAAAGCUAUUUGAGUGUCACAACAGUAUGGACACUGUCGACAUCUUUGUCGGGGGUAUGAUGGAGACCACUGCCGAGGGACCGGGUCCACUCUUCAAGUCGAUCAUCCUUGACCAAAUGUACCGCGUGCGUGACGGCGACCGCUUCUGGUUUGAGAAUACUGCCAAUGGGCUGUUCAGUGAAGAAGAAGUCGGGAUGAUCAUGAACACGACCCUGUCUGACGUCAUCAUGAACGCCACUGAAAUCAAGCUGUCCAUGCACAUCAAGGGCGACGUCUUCUUGCUGCCCCAUGAUCUCCCGUGCAACGGGACGCUGGAAAUAGACCAGGACUCGCUGGAGGCGUGCCCAGACCACGGAGGUUAUGAUUACUUCGAAGGCAGUGAGAUCCCAUACAUCAUCAUCUGGACCUGCGUGGGUUUACUUCCUUUAGUGGUGGUGCUGUUUGCGUAUAUCUUGUCCAAGUGCAAGCGCUGGCAGUACAACCGGCAGCUGAAUGAGGCGCGUGCGGAGAGGGAGAGACGUCGUCAGCUGCGAAGGACUCUAUCCUGCAGCAUUUCAGUGAUUGACGCAAAGGAGUGGCGAGGGCUGGAGGCGCCGCGUGGGGUGGAGCUGCACCUGACGACCAAGGACACGCUAGAGGUCUUCACGACCAUGGGCUCCCACCUGCGUUCCAUCAAGCUAUCCACCUUGUCCUAUGACAACGUCACGCUCAGUUCCAACAAGAAGCGCAACGUCAUGCUGGUACAGGUGCCCAAGGAGUACGACCUGGUGGUUGUUUUCACCAACGAAGAAGAAAGAAACCAGUUUGUGGAGCAGCUGAUCGAAUUCCUGUCCGACUUCAAUAUCGAGCAAGGUAUUUUCCCCAACAUUCCUGAGAAGGAGCUGUAUAAAAUGGCCGUCACCAAAGAAAAGCGCAAUGCCAUGCUUGAGAAGUUCUUCAAGACCAUUUUCAAAGAGGCUUUCCAGAUGGACUAUGAUCCAGCCCUGGACAGCGCCCAGAUGGACGUCAAGAAACACACCAAGGAGAUCCUGGAGGUAGAACUGUCCAAGGAGGAGUUUGCGGAAGCCAUAGGCUCAAAGGCUGGCUCCGACUUCGUGGAACAUUUCUUCAGCCUCAUUGAUUCAGACAGGAACGGCUAUAUCUCCUUCCGUGAGUUCCUCAACGCUGUCGUCCUCUUCUCAAAAGGAUCGUGCCAAGACAAGCUGCAGACGAUGUUCUACAUGUACGACAUCGAGGCCUCUGGCGUAAUGAGCAAGACCGACAUCGGCAAGAUGUUCCGAUCCUUGCUGGAACUUGCCCAGAGCAAACCAGACGCUCAGGAGGUAGAGAGGCUGGUGGAAUCCUUGGUGUUGAAGGCGGGCCUUCAACAUAAGACGGAAUUCACAUUCGACGACUUCUGUCAGAUUCUGGCACCACAAAUGGACAAACUCUGGAAUGCUUCCUUCGACUGGAAAGGUGUGCCAGAGCGGUCUAAGGUCAUCUCGAACAAAUCAGGAAAGUCUAGCAAAAAGUCAGAGGGAGACAACGUGAGACAAAGAUCGCCAUCUCUUGGCAAUGUUCUGGAUGGUUCUGCAACGAAGAGCGGACGACUGCUGUUCGAGUCCGUCCGUGAGCACUACUCACCACUGAAGGCCAGGGUCAAGCUCAUUAAGCACUUCAUUGAGAACUUCCGCCAACACAUCUUCUUCUUGAUCCUCUUCUACGGCAUCGUGUUUGGGCUCUUUGCUGAGCGCUUCUACUAUUACACUGUCGAGAGAGAGGAGAGCGGCCUGCGCCUGCUGAUGAGCUAUGGGAUCAGCAUGACCCGCGGGGCAGCGGCUGCUGUGUCCUUUACCUUCUGCUUCUUGCUGCUGACCAUGUGCCGAAACUCCAUCACCUACUUGCGCUCCACCGGCUUCAACCAGAUCAUACCUUUCGACUCGCACGUGUCUUUCCACAAGAUCGUGGCCUGGACAGCACUGUUCUUCACGGCGGUACAUGUUCUUGGCUACAGCUUCAACUUCUACCACCUGGUCACCCAGCCCACAUCGUUUCUGUGCAUCUUUGACAGCAUUAUCUUCAGGGCGGAGUUAGUCCCGACCUUCCAGUGGUGGCUGUUUGGAACCUUGACAGGUUUUACUGGCGUCCUUCUCGUCCUGGUGAUCGUCAUCCUGUACGUGUUCGCCACCCAGACGGCCCGCCGACACAUUUUCAGCCUGUUCUGGAUGACCCACAAGCUGUUCAUCGCUCUGUACGUGCUGACCCUGAUUCACGGCGCCUCGGUCAUCGUGCAAAAACCUUUAUUCUUCGCCUACCUCGUCGGCCCCGCUGCCCUUUUCAUGCUGGACAAGCUGGUCAGCCUCAGUCGCAAGAAGACUGAAUUGAGCAUCGUCAGGGCCCAGAAUCUCCCAUCAGACGUGACUAUGAUUGAGUUCAAGCGUCCACCUCGUUUUGAAUACAAGUCGGGUAUGUGGGUCCGCAUCGCCUGCCUUUCCCAGGGCAAAGACGAAUACCAUCCUUUCACCUUGACCUCUGCCCCGCAUGAGGACACGCUAAAGGUACACAUCCGGGCUUUGGGUCCUUGGACUUGGAAUAUACGUCAGACGUUCGACCCCGAAAAUAGCGGACCUGGACGUUUUCCAAAGCUCUACCUAGAUGGCCCAUACGGCGCUGGUCAGCAGGACUGGUAUCAGUACGAAGUGUCUGUGCUUGUGGGUGCUGGUAUUGGUGUCACCCCCUACGCCUCUAUUCUCAAAGACUUUGUCCACAUGUCCUCCAUCAAGUGUACCUACAAAGUUAAAUGUCAAAAGUUGUACUUCAUAUGGAUCACCGGAAGUCAGCGCCAUUUUGAGUGGCUGCUGGACAUUCUGCGGGAGGUGGAGGAGGUUGACCAGCUCGGAAUGGUGGACAUCGACAUCUUCAUCACGCAGUUCUUUCAAAAUUUUGACCUCCGUACAGCCUUGCUGUACAUAUUUGAGGAGCACUUUCAAAAGAUGACAGGCGGGAAGAGCGUCUUCACGGGUCUGAAAGCCACUACCCACUUCGGCCGUCCUCAGAUGAACAAGAUCAUGACCUCUGUGCACAAAGCGCAUCCACAGGUGAGGAAAGUGGGCGUGUUCAGCUGUGGGCCGAGGGGCGUGACCAAAGGCGUGGAGCGAGCAUGCAUGGAAGCAAGCAAGACCACGAAAGCAUUGUUUGAACAUCAUUUCGAAAACUUCUAACAGCCUACGUUUGUCAGCCACGAGUGUCAGAAUCUGUCGGCAGCGGUUAGGCUACGCUCCUUCACCGCCUCCUUUCUCCAACAGAAAACAGACUUUCUGUGAACAAACUUCUUAGCACAGACAUUAGUUAAUGACACAAAUCACUGAAUAACAGAAGGAACCAUCCUUCUGGAUGAACAGCAAAGACCUAAAGGUCAGAUGGUUGUGGAGUCCAUGACCAUGAAUACAGAUCGAGUUGUGAACUAGAGAAAAAUAUUUUCCAUCCAUUUUUUUCAUCCGACCGUUUUCUUUUUUCUUCUGUAAAUGUGAUAUUAGGCGGACAUUUCUAUCUCGAAGGAGAGAAAUGAUGACAAAUGACCAAUUUUAUUAAUCCCAAUGGACAAUUAUAACUAGGGAAAUGUGCUCAGUUGCAAAAACUACGAAAACAUGUGUUAUAAAGUUAUGCUACAUACUAUAAAUGAUAAUGAUAUUAAUAUAUAGAUAAAUAACGUUACGACGAUGUUUAAGAUGACAUGACUGUAUUACAGUAAAUGUAGAUUUUUGUACUUGAAUAAAUGUAGGGGAAAAUGCGGUAUUAGAACAAAUAACUUCCAUUCCUGUUUGUGUAAAUAAUGUUUUUGUCACCAGACAGGCGUACUGUUCAUCUUGAUUUGACAUUUUCUUAAUUAGUGACUGUUACAAAACAGUGAAAUGGCGUUAUUUUGUUAGCAGCUUGCUUUUCUUGGUGUUUAGACUUUAGUUUCCUACGCUUUAUUUUAUUUGCGUUCAAUUUUUUAUUGUAAGAGAGUUAAGCUUUUGUUUUAAAUCAGCGCUUAACUUUUAUUUUGUUACUACUUUGGUUUAGUUUACUAGCGUCUUUUUUUACUUACAUUUUGCUUUCAUGUUUUGGUCUGUUGAGGUCCAUGUGGAUGAGCUGCGUCUUUCGCUAUUUCCGUCAUGCGCACGACACUAUUCGGACUAUGCAAAUAAGCUGGCAUGUCCAAUGUUUAUAGAUACAUUUAUAUUUAUAUCCCAAAUAAGUAAUCUUGCUGCAGAUGAGAACUAGGCGCUUAGCCAUGAUAUUAUGUGAUCACAGCAACUAACUGCGGCUCUAUUUGUCUUCACUUUCAUGCAUCUGUAAUCCUCUUGUAGCCACGAAAUACUGUUUCAUUCAAGAAACUGUUGUAAAAGAUACUGUGGAAGCCAGUGGAGGAAAUGAUGUUUGCUCGUCCGAAUUUAUCUGUUAAUUUAGUCAGUGUCCAUAUUUAAUAAACACGUCACUAUAACUAGAAAUGUCGUUUCUAGAUUGGUAAUCCGUUAAUAGUAGCUACGUUUCCGCCACACCCCCAACUCUCCUCUCUCCCGGACCUCACACACGCAGAAAUCCGUAUCAACCUUUAUAGGGCGCUUUUUUUUUUUUUUUUUUUUGACUAUCGAAGGUUGGCUCAUAGCACUAUGCAUACCUACGCACACAAAGCAAGGAGCACGAGCAUAUACCACAGACAGUGAGCCUGUCUCACACUUGCUCAAACACAUAAACACACACAUGGUGGGGAGGGCGGAAAAAUCGGAGUUCCUGGGAAAUGCAGUCAAGUGUGACAAACAUAUAAAGGUGUGUCGGAACCAGGAUCCGAACUCUCGAAACCCGAUUCCCAACUGUUACUGUGAUGAUGAUAUUAGUCAUUAGUUUCAGUCUGACGCACAGUGGCUGUAUAUGUGAACUGGGGCCAGUGAAACCCGCGCUGGAGAUGGUGCAGCUUAGUACGUAUCCGGGAUACGAUAGGGGCGAGUGGAAGACAACGAAUCAGCACACAAAGCUAGUGAUGUCAAAGAGAUAUCGGAUAAACAAUAAAACUCGGGUAUCCGGGUCCUCCGUGGACUGUCAUUAUUCUCGACCACAAGGCUAAGCCCUGUCUUCAUUCCUUUGUCUCUUCGCAAAGGAGUGAUUUCUGUAUGACUGUGCUAGAUAGCUCUCCUCAUAACGCUUGAGCCUCUUGUUUACAAACUAUCAACUUUCAGCCUCGAUGCAAUACAGUUUCCCUUAACAUUCUCUCAGACUCACACAUACACACUCGAUAUAUCUGAAAAAAAGGCAGUUACCGUGUAUAGGAUAGGAUUCACACUGUUUAUAACUAAACAAACUUUGAUUUUCACUUCCAAAAUGGUCGAGGAUAUUAAGGAACAAACAAAUUUUCUUUGGCGACACCAACUUUACCUGAAUCAUGCGUUUGUACGGAGUUCGUAUGUCUUCAGGUCCAAACAUUUUCAAAACGUUGUUACUUCUAAGAACUCCUUGUAAGAAACAACGUAUAGCACAUCCCACAAAAACUGUGAAAGCAGCUUUUGUCCUUCAUGCUGGUGCAUGGCUGUGAGCUUUCUACCAGAGCAAGAUGUAGCAACAUUUUUGUGAAGUUAAACUCGAAUAUCUUUUUACAAGCUCUUAUAAGCAUUGUACAUAAACAGCUCGGGUAUCCUUUAUAAGCAGUUUUAAGCUGCCAAUACAUAGCAACACCUGUGAUUCCCCAUCUGAAAUUACAGACUGUUUGCUUAAAGGUUUAGUGGCAUGCAGCUCAGUGCAAGAUUCUAUAUACCAAAAUAUGGGCGGAUAACUCUCUUUUGUUCUCAGAGCCAGAAUAUUCUUUUAGUGGUAAAAAAGGUGCCAGCAGUGACAGAGGUUUCUUUUGUGUAAAAACAAUGAUUUGGAGAAAAGAGUGACGUUUCAAAAUUUUGAUGAUGAUUUUUAACAUUCACGGGUUUUUAUGGAGUGCCUUACAGAUUAAAUAUUGUGUAUACAUUUGUAAAUAAAAUAAAACUCUUGAUGGUGUUGGCCCUCUAAAAAAUGCCUUCCAUGGUGAAGAAAUCACACAUACAGCUAGCAAGCAUAUAUCAAUGCUAACUCCUAUUUUCAGUGAUCUUGUGUAUACCCCUCCACAACCUAAGACAGGCUAUUGCAAAGCAUAUCAAUAUUGUAUCACUGCUCUAGCCUUUGAUUUAGGACUCUUGUCAAUAUAUUUUAUUAACAAGAAAUAAGCUCCUAUGCUCUGCUGUUCCCAUCAAUAAAAGCCAUUUGUCAAAACAGUGAUUCAAAGCCAGAUGUCUUUCGGUUAGUUUCUAUGUAAUGAAAUAUUUUUUGCAUCAAAAAGAGCUAUUGUUAGAGUUUGUAAAAAUCUUUUACACAUGUAUUUCAGCAAAGCCAAUAUGUACUGUUUAUUUGAAAUAAAUUUUUCAAAGUUUCAGAAUAA